CCUCAAGCGACAGCAGCAACCUCACUCCCUCGAAACUUCUCCCGCACUUCCGGGGACAGAGUCAAUUCCGCCUGUCCAAAAGUAAUAGUAACCUUAAAAAAAUGCUACUGCAACAGCUGCUCCUGCUCGCAACAUCCCUCACACUCGCCCGGGCUACCACCGUCCCACGCGGUGUAUCUCCAGAAGAUGCAAAGCUCUACAUCCCUUCCAACCUGCAAACGUUCACAUGCCUCACGCAUCCGUCGAUCGAAAUCCCGUAUGACCGCGUAAACGACGACUUCUGCGACUGCCCCGACGGCUCGGACGAGCCCGGCACGUCGGCGUGCGCAGGCCUCUUGCACAAGGACAUUGCGAUCCCCGGGUUCUAUUGCCGUAACAAGGGACACACGCCGGCGUAUCUGCCCAAUUCGAGGGUUAACGACGGGAUCUGCGACUAUGACAUCUGUUGCGAUGGGUCGGAUGAGGCCGGCGGUGUUGGCGGCGUGUCGUGUCCCAGCACGUGUAAGGAGAUUGGAACCGCGGCUAGGAAGAUGGCCGCGGAAAGGAAUGCGAGGAGGAGUAAGGCGGCGAAGGCGAGGAGGGAGCUGGUGAGGAAGGCGAAGGUGCUUAAGAAGGAGAUUGAGGACAAUGUCGCCACUACGAAAGUCAAGGUGCAGGCGAAUGAGGUCAAGGUGAAGGAGUUGGAGAAGAAGCUGCACGAAACGGAGGAGAGGGAGAGGAACAGGGUUGUGAAGAACCCAAAGCCGGGGAGUAGGGUGAGCGUGGCCACGCAAGUUGCGAAGGAGAAGGUGGAGGAGCUUCGAAAGUUGCUCUUGAAAGUCAGGGAUGAGAGGGAUAUCGCCGAGGAGCGGCUGGAGAGGGCGGAGACGAUGCUGAGGUUGCUGAGGGAGGAGUACAAUCCCAACUUCAACGACGAAGGUGUCAAACGUGCUGUCAGGUCGUGGGAGGAGUAUCUUGCGGACGAGGACCAGAAGCGGAAUGCGGCCGAGGAUAGGGAUCUCACUGCUGUCUUGGAAGAGGAAACGAAUUGGGAUGAGCUCGCUGGUCCCGAAGAGGAAGAAGUCUCAGAGCUUUACCAACUCACCAAAUACCUCCCUCCAGCCGCCCGCGACUGGCUCGGCGUCAAGAUCAAAGAACUCCGUGAAUUCCUCAUCGCGAACGGAAUGCUCGCACCCCAAAAAACCGAUGGCAUCGAAACUGCCGCCGUCACUGCCGCCCGCGACGCACUCACCGCCGCCCAAAACGAAGACAUGAAAGUUAAGAAGCACCUUGGACAGCUCGAGAAGGAUCUCGCUGCCGAUAUGGGACCAUCCGAUGUCUUCCGCGCUCUUAAGGGUACUUGCAUCUCCCGUGAAUUCGGCGAGUACAAAUACGAGCUAUGUUUCAUGGAGAAGGCACAACAGAUUUCGCGGAAGGAUAACUCAAAGACCUCACUGGGUACCUUCUCUCGGAUCGAUAUUGCCGAUGAAACUUCGAAGAACGAGGCCGCUGGAGUAUUUGCGAGCAGCUGGGAGGAGAGCCAUGAGGAGCCACUUAGUGGCAUGGCACUGGGAUACGACAACGGACAGCAGUGCUGGAAUGGCCCCAAGAGGAGUGUUGGUGUCGAGCUGUAUUGCUCCGCCGAGAACGAGAUCCGCAACGUCGUCGAGGCGGAGAAAUGUGUUUAUCGUAUGGAGGUCGGCACGCCGGCAGCGUGUGGGCGUGAGAAAGCGGAGGGUGCGGCAAAAGAUGAGUUGUAGAUGUAGUGCCUUUUGUCCAGUAGAUACCUAGUAUGCGAAUUCCAGGUUAUAGAUAGCUUUCAACUAGGUACAUAUCGUGG